AUGCCAGAAGAUGAGAAAGAAGAGUUGCACAACAACUCCUCCGUAGAGAGCUCCUCCGUGGAAAGCGGGUGCGAGGAAAGGGAGAGAGAAGACGAGAAAAGCAAAGUCUACAGAAUAAGUGGGUGGGAGAGAAUUCUGAGCACUUUCCGGAGGAUUCCUCCCAUUUACUUUUUUGGGCUUUUUACAGUGCUUGCCCUCUUUGCAGCCAAAAUUGUCCUCAUGCACAGCAGCGUAAAUCCGCAGUACUUUCUCUACAGAAACACGGCUCGGCAGGUGUACAGCCUAAGCGACAUAUUAUCCAUGCUUGCAACGGCAGUUCUUGUAAUAACUCUUUUGGACGGGUUUUUGUACUACUCCAGCGGAUACAUUAUGGAAAAAGUCCACUUUCUCACCCUCACCAUGUUUUACGUUAACAGCGUCUCAGGCCUUCUCACUGGUAUGAUUCUGACUCUUUUCUGGGCAAUAUAUCUGAAGAUGCUGGACGUAGACUACAAGUUCAGGCCGCACCACAGCAUGGGACUGGAGCAGACGCUUACAACCUGCUUUUUGUCUGUUCUUGUGAUUGCUGCGAAGGACAUUUUCGUUAAGAAGGUCCGAAUGGGCUUUAACCACACGAACUAUCUCACCCGCAUACAGAAGUGUCUUAUUGAAAACCAGUUUGUGAAGACCCUGGAGGAAGUCCGCCGAAAGAUAAAGGGGAAAAGCAGCAGGAUGCGGUGGAUGUUCACGCAAAAAACAGAUGAAAAUGGCGGAGAUGCUGUUUUUAAGCCCAGGGCAUUCAGUGGAAUAGACGGGGCUUCGGAUACGCGCCAGAAAAUGCUCAUUUUCAAGGAAUUCGAGAAGAUCCUGGGCGCGAAGAUAUACCACGAGCGAGGGGUAGGGGGACUCUCCGAUAUAAAGCAGGAGUCCCUGCGAAAGGCGGAGAAGAUAGCCGCUGGCCUCUCUGCAAGCAAGAAAAAGUUCCAGGUCAGGCAUCUGAAGAGGUACGUAGACCCGGAGUACAUAGACAAAGUCUCGGAAAUGCUGUCUCUAACGGAAACGCAGCACCUCUCGGAGAAGGAGAUAGCAGGCAUUAUAGAGCGAACAAAACGAGAGAAGUAUGCUAUAAAGAAGAGUCUUGUGCAAAUGGACAAGGCUUUGCUCCGAGUGAGCCACUUCAUCACCGCAGCAAUAUUCAUAUUUGCUACAAUUGCAAUUCUCUCCCCGACAAUUUCAGCGAAUGACGUUGUGAAGGGAGUGUUUGGGACGUUCUUUGGGCUUGGGUUUAUCUUCCAGACGAGCGUAAAGAAUGCGAUUGACAGCGUGAUAUUUCUCUUUAUAGUGCACCCGUACGACAUUGGGGACAGAAUUCAGGUGGAAAUAGACAAGGAUACGCUGAAUAUGGUUGUUUCCGAGCUAAACGUCUUUUCAACGGUAUUCUACGAGUGGAAUGGGUCCAAAAUAUACAUACCCAACCACGUCCUCCUGCAGAAGGCCAUUGUAAACGUCCGAAGAAGUGGGCUCAUGGCAGAGAAUAUCAUAUUUCAGGUGGCAUUUGACACAGUUCCUGAGAAGAUACAGCACCUGAAAGCAGAGGUUGGGAAGUUCAUAAAGAAGCACCCGAAGGACUUUUCGACGUACUUUAUGUUCAACUACCACGCGAUUGAAGACUCGAAUAAGUUGCACCUGAAGAUAUACCUGCAGUACGCCACGAACUGGCAGAACUACGAGGCAUACCUGCAGAGAAAGGCAAAGUUCAUUAUGUUCCUGAAGCAGGCAAUUAACGAGCAAAAGAUAGAGUACUACUUGCCCGUUCAGAGGCUGGAAAUACUUGCAAGCAGGGCCCCCGCAGAAAGCACUGCAUAG